CUUCCGCCCUCUGAAGCUGGGACUGCAUGUACAGCUGUGAGGAACCCCGGUGGGGUUGGGGGCGCUGUGCCCCCAACCCCAUUCUCUUCCUGAGUCUUCUGUCUGUAGCUCCGUUUGGCCUGCUUGGGGAGGAGACCCGCCAGGUGUCUCUGGAGGUCAUCCCUAACCAGAUGGGCCCCCCACAGAACCUGCUUCAUAUCCGGGCAGUGGGCACCAAUUCCACAUUACACUAUGUGUGGAGUAGCCUCGGGCCGCCAGCAGUGCUGCUGGUAGCCACUAAUACCCCCAACAGUGCCCUGACUGUCAACUGGAGCCGCUUGCUCUCACCUGAGCCUGAUGGGGGCUUGAUGAUACUCCCCAAGGACAGCAUCCAAUUUUCUUCUGCCCUUGUCUUUACCAGGCUGUUUGAGUUUGACAGUAUCAACACGUCUGAUGCAGCAGCAAAGCCUCCAGGAAAAUCGUAUCCCCCAUAUUCCUUGGCUGACUUCUCCUGGAACAACAUCACUGACUCAUUGGAUCCUGCCACCCUGAGUGCCACAUUUCGAGGCCACCCCAAUCACGACCCUACCGGGGCUUUUGCCAAUGGCAGUCUGGCCUUCAGGGUGCAGGCCUUCUCCAGAUCUGGCCGACCAGCCCAACCACCUCGCCUCCUGCACACAAUGGACACCUGCCAGCUAGAGGUGGCCCUGGUCGGGGCCUCUCCCCGAGGAAACCGUUCCCUUUUUGGGCUGGAAGUAGCUACCUUGGGCCAGGGCCCUGACUGCCCCUCGAUGCAGGAGCAGCACUCCAUCAACGAUGAAUACACACCUGCCAUCUUCCAGUUGGACCAGCUGCUGUGGGGCUCUUUCCCAUCAGGCUUUGUGCAGUGGCGACCAGUGGCUUUCUCCCAGAAGCAGGGGAGCCGAGAAUCAGCCCUUCCCUGCCAGGUCUCCCCUCUUUUUCCCACCUUGGUGUACCUUCUCCCGCAGUCACCCAUUGUCCGAGCCUUCUUUGGGGCCCAGAACAAUUGUUGUGCCUUCAAUCUGACAUUUGGGGAUUCUACAGGCCCUGGCUACUGGGACCAACACUACCUCAGCUGGUCGAUGCUCCUUGGUGUGGGUACUCCUCCAGUGGAUGCCUUGUCCCCACUAGUCCUAGGCAUCAUGGCGGUGGCCCUGGGUGCUCCAGGGCUUAUGCUGCUGGCAGGAGGCCUGUUCCUGCUGCUGGGCCCUAAGAGGUACUCAGAGUACCAGUCCAUAAAUUAAAGCCUGCUUUCCAGACAGAAAGACAUCACUGGACUUGUAUGUGUCUCCAACCUCUACAGGUUUUUUUUGUGUGUGUGGUACAUGCCCCUAGUGGGAACCGAACCCGGGACUCUCUGGUCCACAGGCUGACGCUCCAACCGCUGAGCCAAACCGGCCAGGGCCCUCUGCAGGUUUAAGGAUCAGUGUUCUCAGCAGCUACUCCUUUCUCCCAUCUUGCUUUUCUGCAGAACCUCAGAGACUAGCCUCAACUCCUGGAAACCACCAGGUGGGGCUUUCCUUCAUACUCUGGAGAGGAACCAGGAACAGGGUUGUUGCUAGAGGGAGGGUGCCCUUAGAAGCCUCUCAGCCCUUUGAGCCCCCAUUUCUCUUGAAUGGGACUUAGAGGCUGAAAUGAAAGGCUUUCUGACUGGUUGCUGCCUUGCAGGCAUGAAAUAGACUUAUUUUUUCCACAAGGCUUGUCUGUGUGUGUGUGUUAUUGGGAUGGUUCCAGGAAAUGAGAGGGCUGAGAAAUGGGCGUGAAAGGCAGGUUUCUGUGAAUGGUUCUCUCUCUUGACAUGACACCGAAGUUCCUGCCAGCCACUCUAUCAUGUGGAACAGGGAGGUUUCUGGUGUAGUAUGAAUCAAACAAGGAAGGGACACUUGAGACUAGAGUGCAAACACAAAGGAAGUGCCAUGUAAGAAUGUGGUAGUAAUUUAUUGUUACUCCCCCCCCCCCCCACACACACACACAUUCACCAGCCAUUGUGCCUUCCAACCACCCUAGCCACCACAUGUAUGGACACGGAUGGACACAUAUGCACACAUACACACAUCUCUUAGGAGACAGGUUUCCCUGUCCUCUCCCCUCUUCUGGGAAAUUUGGGGGUGGGAAGUUACAGGGGCCUAAUCUGUCGGAAGAAAGGAGGCAGCAGCUCUGGGCUGGGGCAGUUGUAAUAGUCUUGACUGAGGCUAAAGGGCUUGUGAGGGCCAGUCAUGGAGGGUCCUCAACCCAGGCCCCCAGAACAGUUUUACCCAACGUGAAAGUCCUGUGCUCUGAUGCCCAGCCUUUAUCUUUAGGCAUGAGCAAUAUUCCCAGUCUCAUUGAGGCCCUCUGCUUAGACCACUAGCACAAAAAUGGUCAGAGUUUUGGCUGUGACUCUGCCCACUGCCUCAGAGGAGGCUGGAGAGUAGAGCCGAGUCCAGCAGUGGUGGGCCCUAGUGGUGGGAGGCUGCUCAGGAAGGAACCAUGCUUCUGGUCCUGACCCCAUGCCCUCAGCAUCCUUAAGAAAUGUAACUGUCCACCUCUUUCCCUGCAAGAAAACAUCUGGUCCACCUCCCUCCUUCAUGACUAUCCCAGGCUUGAAAGGUGAAGGGCAGCCCCAACUGGGGUAGAGUGGGAGUAGGGGCAGGAAUAGUCCAAGCUCUGAUUUGAUGGGACCCUGUUGGGUCAGGAACAGAGUUCAUCUCAUCAAGGUGCCCAGGCUAGGGGCAAGAGGACAGAGCCGGCUCAGCCCCAGGGGCGGGACCUGUAGUCUGAGCGGGCGUAGUCAGGGUAGUCCAGGCGGCUCUCCGUGGCAGUGAACAUGCGCUCCGGCUCCACCACGAACAUGUAGUAGAGGUUCCACACUAGCAUGGACAGCAGGGGCAGGAAUGUCAGGCCAUAGCCAAAGCCUCGAAAUGAGCGGCCCACAGCAAAGGUCAGCCAGUAUAUCAACCUGCCAGGGUGAGAAAAGGUCAGGCUACCCCCAGGGGAGCUAACUCA